AUGAUCAGUAGCAGAAAGAAAGAACGAGUUGAAAGUACAGUACAGAAAUUAACUUCCCUGAACCUUGAUGUUGCAGGAACUGUGUGCCAUGUUAAUAAAGCUGAAGACCGCAAAAGUUUAAUUCAAGAAACACUUAAAACCUUUGGUGGCAUUGAUAUUUUGGUAAACAAUGCUGCAACCAAUCCAGCAUUUGGUCCCAUUCUUGAUACAUCUGAAUCUGCCUGGGAUAAGAUAUUUGAUACAAACCUGAAAGUUCCAUUCCUGUUAACCAAAGAUGUUGCUCCCUUAAUUGAGAAACGUGGUGGUGGUUCUGUAAUCUUUGUAUCAUCCAUUGUAGCUUAUCAGCCAUUUGCACUGAUUGGUGCCUAUGCUAUUAGCAAAACUGCCCUUUUGGGUAUGAUUAAAGCCCUUGUACCACAACUGAGUGCUAUGAAUAUUAGGGUCAACGGCAUUGCACCAGGAUUCAUUUCAACAAACUUCAGCAAAGGCAUAAUAAGCAAUGAAUCAAUUGCUGAAAGUGUUUUAAACACAAUUCCAAUGAACAGUACCUCUAUUUUCUUUUUCCUUUCUUUUUUCCUCUUUCUUUUUUUUUCUUUUUUUUUAUUUUUUUUUUUAUUUUUUUUUUUUUUUUUUUUUCUUCUUUUUCUUUUUUUGUUUCUUUAUUUUUUGUUUUUUUGUUUCUUUAUUUUUCUUUUUUUGUUUCUUUAUUUUCUUUUUAUUUUCUUUUUUUUUUCUUUUUUCUACUCUUUUCUUUUUUUUUCUUUAUUUUCUUUUUCUUUUUGUUUCUUUAUUUUCUACUCUUUCUUUUUUGUUUUUUAUUUUCUUUUUCUUUUUUUUUCUUUUUAUUUUCUCUUUUCUUUUUUUUUUUUUAUUUUUCUACUCUUUCUUUUUUUUCUUUUUCUACUUUUUUUUUUUUUAUUUUUCUUUUUUUUUUUGUUUCUUUAUUUUCUACUCUUUCUUUUUGUUUCUUUAUUUUCUACUCUUUCUUUUUGUUUCUUUAUUUUCUACUCUUUCUUUUUGUUUCUUUAUUUUCUACUCUUUCUUUUUGUUUCUUUAUUUUCUUUCUUUUUUUUGUUUUUUAUUUUCUUUUCUUUUUUUUCUUUAUUUUCUAUUUUCUCUUUUCUUUUGUUUCUUUAUUUUCUUUUUUUUUUUUUUUUUUUUUAUUUUUCUACUCUUUUCUUUUUGUUUCUUUAUUUUCUCUUUCUUUUUUGUUUCUUUUAUUUUCUCUUUUCUUUUUUGUUUCUUUAUUUUCUACUUUUUUUUUUUUUGUUUCUUUAUUUUCUACUCUUUCUUUUUGUUUCUUUAUUUUCUACUCUUUCUUUUUGUUUCUUUAUUUUCUACUCUUUCUUUUUGUUUCUUUAUUUUCUACUCUUUCUUUUUGUUUCUUUAUUUUCUACUCUUUCUUUUUGUUUCUUUAUUGUGAUAACAAUAACAUUUCUUACAAGAGUAUAG